UCCCCUGCGAAGAUUCUUCGCCGUAGCUUCUUCCCAUUUUUCCUUCUCCCGAAGUGUGAAACCCUUCCUCCUCGAUCGAUCUCUAAGAUUGCCCAUUUCUAACUCGAGGAAUUAAUGGCUUCGAAACGUAUUCUCAAAGAGCUGAAGGAUUUACAGAAGGACCCUCCUACGUCUUGCAGCGCUGGUCCUGUGGCUGAAGACAUGUUUCAUUGGCAAGCAACUAUCAUGGGACCUUCUGACUCUCCAUAUUCAGGAGGUGUAUUCUUAGUUUCAAUCCAUUUUCCUCCGGACUAUCCUUUCAAGCCCCCAAAGGUUGCUUUUAGGACUAAGGUAUUCCACCCGAACAUUAAUAGCAACGGAAGCAUAUGUCUUGACAUUCUUAAAGAGCAGUGGAGCCCUGCGCUAACUAUUUCUAAGGUGCUGUUGUCCAUAUGCUCUCUAUUAACCGAUCCCAACCCCGAUGAUCCUCUUGUUCCUGAAAUUGCUCACAUGUAUAAGGCUGAUAGAGCCAAGUAUGAAGCUACUGCACGCAGCUGGACUCAAAAGUAUGCUAUGGGAUAGUGGCCAACAGCCUUCUCAUUUCAGCUCUUGAAGAUAGAAGCUGUCCUUGAAUCUCAUUUCAUGAAGUGAAAUUGAAAGCCUCUGUAUUCCUAAGACUUAAAAUUUAGUAAGGAAUUUGACUUCCAUUGUGAAUACCGAUUUGAAGAAAUUAUAAAAUGGUAGAUCUGGAACUUAUAUUA